CGAGCGGCGGCGACGUCGCUGCGACCGCACACUUGCUCCCCGCACCCGGCGCCCGCCAUAAGUUUGUGCGCAGGGCAGGCGCAGGGCGGGGCCGGCGUGCGGCUCGCGCAUGGCUCUGCUGUACCGCGCCACGCGGCUCAAGGACCGCGCAGACACGCACGUGUUCACGUUCGUGGUCACGCGCUCCGCCACGCGCGAGCCCGACCGCGACGUCACCUCCAAGGACUUCUGCUGCGCGCACCAGCGAUGGGCCGUCGCGUUCAGCCGCACCGACACCUCGCUCGGUGUAUAUUUAGUAUGGCGCGGCGCGUGCGAGGGCAUGCGCGUGUACGUCGACUUCACCUUCACGUUGCUGAGCCGCGACCACUUCACCGCCAAUGAGGGCUUCUCCGGCAAGCAGGUCCGGUUCAGCUCCGGCUGCGCCGCGCAGGGCCGCGGCCGCUGCGUGUCGCUCACCGAGCUCAACGCCAAGUUCGCGGACGCGCGCGGCGAGUUCCAGCUCGAGCUCAGCAUGUCGCGCGUGCGCACGCUCUACUCCUGCGAGCUGCGCGCACCGCGCCUCGAUACUCCACCUUUCGCAUUCGCCGGUUUCGAUUGGUCCGUUUCUGCGACCGCCGGCAACAAAGAACCACUAUCGCUGAGGCUGAUGCGACUGUCCGGGGAGGGCCAGCGAUGCCGAGUGAGAUACGCUCUCGCACUCGGCGAGGGAGAACGGCGGCUCCACUCCGGCCCACUCGAGUGCGUUUGCGACGCCGAGGGGCGCACGCCACCAUGGAACCCGCGGCCGCCGAAUCGUCUUCUCAACAAGGGAGUCCGCCUCACAGUGGAGCUGCUAUGGGCGCGGGCUCUCGCCGAGCUGGCCGUGCCCACGGCCGGGCGGGCGGCGACGUGUUACGACCGCGACAAGCAGGCGUGGUCGGUGCGCGUGGACAUGCACUCGGAGACGGUGCGGCUUCACAUGCUGUACCGCGACGUGCACCACGUGCCGCGCAACCACCUGCGCUACGUCAGCUGGUCGGCGUGGCUGGUGCGCGCCGCGCCCGCGCCCGGUGAGCCCGACGCCGAGGAGCUGCCCGGCGCUCCCUUCGAGCACUACUAUGCGCAGGAGAGCGCCGACGAGGGCCUCAUGAUGGAGACCUCGCUCCGCGUCGAGGACGUUUCUCGAGCCGGGUGCCCUUUUCUGCACUCGGGCAGUGAACUUCGUGUACGCCUCGAAUGGGGCGACACUUACUUGCUCUUCCAGGCUACUUAUCAUGUAUACGACGAUCUGUGUCGUCUGCAUGGACAUCAAAUGAGACGCGAGAUCGCCGCGUUGCAGGCAGAGAACUACUCGCUGGAGCGGCAGCUGUUCAGCUACCAGAAGAGCCUGGCGUACGCGCAGGCGCAGGCCGGCGAGCCGGCGGCGGCGGAGGCGGCGGGCCGGCGCUCGCCCGCCGAGCGCUCGCUGUCCACCGACACGGAGUACGCGUGAGACGGGCCUGAUUGUGUUCAACGCGCGUCGUGGCCGCCUUCGAAUUGCCCGAUCUCCUCUUCUAUCUUUUCGACUGACUCUGACGUUUUUGAGCGAUUUAUCUAUUUUUCUAGACGUUUUAUGGCGAGGUGCGCCUCGUCCGCACCGCUUCCCGCCGGUCGCCUGCACUCUCGCCGCUGGAAUCUAUCGAUAGCCGAUUAUUAUACUCGACUACUUUUCUAUUUAUCUGUACAUAAAAUAUAUUUAGAUAUUAUUAUAUUAUGUAUAUUUCUUAAACUUGAAACUCGAAUUCAUAUACUGCAACAGUCGAUUUAUGAA